GCUGAUAAUCAGAUCUCUCCUACACAAGUGAAACAAAACCUUAAUUUAGGAAUCUGCUCACGUCAGUUGAGAGGGAGGGGUUUGGGGUCUGUUGCUGCUGAUGCUGUGGUGUGGAUAUUGCGUUUAUCUUUCUUCUAGUCAUCGCUGCCUUCACUUCGUGCUUGUCAACACCGGCUGCAUUCGCGCCCUAGAUGGCUGCACUUUGCAGUCCUUUGUGAGAUUAUUUUCCCGACGAUUUUUGACCAAUAAGUAAACCAUGACUGACCCAACGACGCAAGAUUCAUUCCCGGUCCCGGAUCCCACAAUCGUGGAUCCUUCAGCUGUAAGAAACGGCGGAUGCGCUCCGGAGGCGAACCUAUCCAAAAGACCGAGUCAGGGCGAUCCUUUCAGUAUGGACCGGGACCAAGAGAUGAAAAUCACGGACAGUGUUGAGGGACAAGGUAGCCUGCUGGAAAGCAGCAUGCGACUAAAGCCCCACGAGGCUCAAAACUACAGGAAGAAGGCAUUGUGGGUGUCUUGGAUCUCCAUCGUGGUGACACUCAUCCUGGCAGUGGCAGCCUUCACUGUUUCGUUCAUGAGACACAGCGCAUCAGCAUUUGGAUUUGCAUUUGACGCCACGUUGGACGUGCUAUCUUCAAUUAUCGUGCUGUGGCGCUAUAGCAAUGCCGCAGCUGUCCACUCCGCCCAUAGGGAGUACAUAGCGUGCGUGGUCCUUGGGGUGGUCUUCAUCUUGUCCUCCCUGUGUAUUCUAGGAAAAGCAAUCCAUGACCUGGCCACCAAGCUGCUUCCAGAAGUGGAUGACUUCCUCUUCAGUGUGUCUAUUGUCAGUGGGAUUGUAUGUAUCAUCCUGGCUGUGUUCAAGUUCCUGCUGGGGAGAGUGCUGACCAGUAGAGCCCUCAUCACUGACGCUUUUAACUCCAUGGUGGGGGGCAUCAUGGGUUUCUCCAUCCUCAUCAGUGCUGAGGUGUUCAGACACCACCCUGACGUCUGGUACCUGGAUGGAUCCAUCGGCGUCAUCAUCGGACUCAUCAUCCUCGCUUACGGUGUCAAACUGCUCCUGGACAUGGUACCCCGGGUGAGACAAACCAGGAACUACGAACGCUUUGAGUGAACGCUCCUAGGACCAGGGUUACACCUGAUGCACCCCCUUCCCCUCCCCGCCCCUCCUCUCUUUCUAUCUCACACACACACACACACACACACACACACACACACACACACACACACACACACACACACAUAAGCACACACACACACACACACAUAAGCACGCACACAUAAGCACGCACACACACACACACACGCACACAUAAGCACGCACACACACACACACACACACACACACACACACACACACACACACACACACACACACACACACACACACACACACACACACACACACACACACACACAGGCCCUAGCCUGGAGAGACUCUGAGGGCAAAAUAGUAAAAGACAUUAUGAUGUUGUUGGCGUGUUGGCCAACCUCUCAAUCAAGGUUUUCCCACCUAGCCACCCCCUUCUAACUAUUUGUCUUUACCUCCUGUCCAUCAUUAUUACUAUCCAGAAAGAGGGAAUGAAGAGGUGAGAAAAAGGAUUACGAAGAGGCUGGCAUUAACGGCUGGUCCAGAGAGAUCAGCAUUUGUUUGCCAUGUGUAUCUGAACCCACUGCUGUUGCUAAGCGACCUAGAACCCCUGGCAUUUUGAGAGGCACAAGAUCCUUUUCAUAUUGCCCAAACCUUUUUUAUGUUCCAACCCUGAUUAGUAUAAACUUCUGUGACUUUCAAAAUCCCUAUGCAUUGUUAGAAUCUGAAUAAUUUAUAAUGGUGGAAUCAUGCCACUACUUUCUGCCCUUGUCUGUUUUCACAGAUCUCUAUGGUUCUGUGUGUGAGUCUCCAUUGCUCUUUGAGAUUAGAAGCUACAGUUGAAGUCCUAAAUUUACAUACACUUAGGUUGGAGUCAUUAAAACUCGUUUUUCAACCACUCCACAAAUUUCUUGCUAACAAACUAUAGUUUUGGCAAAUCGGUUAGGACAUCUACUUUGUGCAUGACACAAGUAAUUUUUCAAACAAUUGUUUACAGACAGAUUUUUUCACUUAUAAUUCACUGUAUCACAAUUCCAGUGGGUCAGAAAUGUACAUACACUAAGUUGAUUGUGCCUUUAAACAGCUUGGAAAAUUCCAGAAAAUAAUGUCAUGACUUUAGAUGCUUCUGAUAGGCUAAUUGACAUCAUUUGAGUCAAUUGGAGGUGUACCUGUGGAUGUAUUUCAAGGCCUACCUUCAAACCCAGUGCCUCUUUGCUUGACAUCAUGGGAAAAUCAAAAUAAAUCAGCCAAGACCUCAGAAAAAAAAACUGUACACCUCCACAAGUCUGGUUCAUCCUUGGGAGCAAUUUCCAAAAGCAUGAAGGUACCACAUUCAUCUGUACAAACAAUAGUGUGCAAGUAAAAACACCAUGGGACCACGCAGCCGUCAUACCGCUCAGGAAGGAGACAUGGUCUGUCUUUUAGAGAUGAACGUACUUUGGUGUGAAAAGUGCAAAUCAAUCCCAGAACUACAGCAAAGAACCUUGUGAAGAUGCUGGAGGAAACAGGUACAAAAGUAUCUAUAUCCACAGAAAAACGAGUCCUAUAUCGACAUAACCUGAAAGGCCGCUCAGCAAGAAAGAAGCCACUGCUCCAAAACCUCCAUAAAAAAGCCAGACUACGGUUUGCAACUGCACAUGAGGACAAAGAUCAUACUUUUUGGAGAAAUGUCCUCUGGUCUGAUGAAACAAAAAUAGAACCGUUUGGCCAUAAUGACCGUCGUUAUGUUUGGAAAAAGGGGGAAGCUUGCAGGCUGAAGAACACCAUCCCGACCGUGAAGCAAGAGGGUGGCAGCAUCAUGUUGUGGGGACAAUUAUGUGGAUAUAUUGAAGCAACAUCUCAAGACAUCAGUAAGGAAGUUCAUGCUAGGUCGCAAAUGGGUCUUCCAAAUGGACAAUGACAACAAGUAUAAUUCCAAAUUUGUGGCAAAAUGGCUUAAGGACAACAAAGUCAAGGUAUUGGAGUGGCCAUCACAAAGCCCUGAUCCUCAAUCCCAUUAAAAAUGUGUGGGUAGAACUGAAAAGCAGGUGCGAGCAAGGAGGCUUACAAACCUGACUCAGUUACACCAGCUCUGUCAGGAGGAAUGGGCCAAAAUUCACCCAACUUAUUGUGGGAAGCUUCUGGAAGGCUACCCGAAAUGUUUGACCCAAGUAAAACAUUUGAAGGCAAUGCUACCAAAUACUAUUUGAGUGUAUGUAAACUUCUGACCCACUGGGAAUGUGAUGAAAGAAAUAAAAGCUGUAAUAAAUAAUUCUCCGACAUUUCACUUUCUUAAAAUAAAGUGGUGAUCCUAUCUGACAUAAAACAGGGAAUUUUUACUAGAAUUAAAUGUCAGGAAUUGUGAAAAACUGAGUUUAAAUGUAUUUGCUAAGGUGUAUGUAAACUUCAGACUUCAACUGUAUGUAGCUAUAGUACAUAAGCAAGAUAUACAGAGUGGAAGUCUAGGUAGGUCUGUGAGCAGGUCACACAGCUGGAGUCAUAUAUUGUAAAUGAAUGUGCCCUCUGCAGUGCUUCUCCUUGCUUCUCCACUGACACGACCCAAGUGGGAGUAGAGGGCACAGAGAUAAAUCACACAUGUAUCUAUCCCUAUGGUAGAGGACUAUGUCUAGUCAGUCCCCUGCAGUCAUCCACUCUCUGGCUUGACAGAGAAACAAAGGAGAGAGAGGCCCAAACAGCAGGGCCAGGCCAGUAUCUGGAGAAGUGUGGCUGCCCAUAGAGCAGUGGUAAGAUAGAGAGUACUGUAUUGUACAUGCACAAAGCAAAGCACACCAGAGCAGACCAGACCUUGACUGUCAUGCAAGGGAGUGACUAGUUCACAAUCAAGGCUGACUUCAGGGUUGAGUGCAAAAAGCAAACUGUUGGUACAGUGUCAGUAAAAAAAAAAUAUAUGACAUUACAGUGUCACACUGAAAAGCUGAAAACAAAGCGCACAUGUUUUUCAAUCACUAUCCAGAUGGGAGCACUAAUUAUUGUUCCACUGUGAUCUAAACUAGAGAAUGGUUAGGAAGCUACAGUGAUAACGCUUGUCCCAGAUAGGCUUACCACACUGUUUUGUUCUAACAGUGUUCAAUCUUGUCAUAAUAAUGACUAUAUCCCCCCCACUACCUUGUCUGGGAUGACCAUGACGAUAUAAUUGAUAGUCAUAUGUUUCAGUGCCAUACAUGCUCAGAUUCCUAAACUAAGACAACAUUAUUAGCCAGCUUAUUUGCUUGGCAUGCCAUAUUUGUGUUUACAAUUAUAGAUUUAUCUGUCGGUAGAAGUUGAGAGAAAGACUGAGGGCAAGGUGUUUUCUCUUAUUUGUGAGACAGAAGUAACUGGUUCAGGUAGUGUAGUGUACGUAUGUAGUGAAUACUGAAUUGCAAAAUUGUACUCAUAAUUUUUUAAGCAAAAUUAGAAUUAUUAACGUUAAUGUCAUGUGGUAGCCAAUAGAUGUGAUUAUGUGCCAUGUUUUACAAUUACACUUAAUUCUAUGGGGAUACAUUCGAGUUCUUUUGCAAAAAUGUAAACAUCCCCACUUCAUCUGCCUGUCCUGACAGUAUGGACAAUUACCAACAUAGAGAUUCAAUAUUAUGUGACGCCAUAGAUCUUUAUACACACCAGUGAUCUGCUUCACAGCAUAUUGGAUCAUCAUUAAAGGCAAUGUCUUUUCUCUUACUGUUUACCUUCGCUUAAACCUCAUAGCAGUAAUGCCAGCACGUUUCGUGUAUACUGUACGUAAAUGAUUGUAAAUACAAAACAUGAAAUGUGUACAAAUGUUUAAUACACUAUUUAGAUAGAGGCUUCUAGCUGUAGCAAACCAAUAGGAAUAGCCAGACUUGACAGAUGAAUGGUUCUAGUGCUAUUUGUUCUUUUCUAAAUGGUAUAUUAUUAUUAGAUUAUAUUUACACUGUAAUUCUGCUCCGCUUUGAGUUGAUACACUGUAAACUUGUAAGGUGAUAAUUUUCUUUAUGUCUACAGUACCAUUCAAAAAUUUGGACACACCUACUAAUUCCAUUUUAUUUAUUUAUUUAAACUAUUUUCUACAUUGUGGAAUAAUAGUGAAGACAUCAAAACUAUGAAAUAACACAUGGAAUCAUGUUGUAAUCAAAAAGGUUCCCACAUAUGCUGAGCACUUGUUGGCUGCUUUUCCUUCACUCUGUGGUCCAACACAUCCCAAACCAUCUCUAUUGGUUUGAGGUCGGGUGAUUGUGGAGGCCAGGUCAUCUGAUGCAGCCCUCUAUCACUCUCCUUCUUGGUAAAAUAGCUCUUACACAGCCUGGAGGUGUGUUGGGUCAUUGUCUUGUUGAAAAACAAAUGGUAGUCCCACUAAGCGCAAACCAGAUGGGAUGGCGUAUCGCAGCAAAAUGCUGUGGUAGCCAUGCUGGUUAAGUGUGCCUUGAAUUCUAAAUAAAUCACUGACAGUGUCACCAGCAAAGCACCCCCACACCAUCCCACCUCCUCCUCCAUGCUUCUCGGUGGGAAACACAAAUGCGGGGAUCAUCCGUUCACCUACUCUACGUCUCACAAAGACACAUCGGGCCAUGAUUGGGAAUCCCAUAGGGCGGCGCACAAUUGACCCAGCAUCGCCAGGGUUUGGCCGGGGUAGGCCGUCAUUGUAAAUAGGAAUUUGGUCUUAACUGACUUGCCUUUUUUUUUACCUCUGGGUCUUCCUUUCCUGUGGUGGUCCUCUUUAGAGCCAGUUUCACCAUAGCGCUUGAUGAUUUUUGCGACUGCACUUGAAGAAAUGUUCAAAGUUCUUCAAAUUUUGCGGCUUGACUGACCUUCGUGUCUUAAAGUAAUGAUGGACAAUUCUUUUCUCUUUGCUUAUUUGAGCUGUUCUUGCCAUAAUAUGGUAUUUUACUAAGUAGGGCCAUCUUCUGAAUACCACCCCUAACCUGUCACAACAUAACUGAUUGGGUCAAACCCAUUAAGAUGGAAAGAAAUUCCACAAAUUAACUUUGAACAAGGCGCACCUGUUAAUUGAAAUGACUACCUCGUGAAGCUGUUUGAGAGAAUGCCAAAGCUGUUAUCAACGCAAAGGGUGGCUAGUUUGAAGAAUCUCAAAUAUAAAAUAUAUUUUUGAUUUGUUUAACACUUUUUUUGGUUACUACAUGAUUCCAUAUGUGCUAUUUCAUAGUUUUGAUGUCUUCACAAUUAUUCUACAAUGUAGAAAAUAGUAAAAAUUAAGAAAAACCCUUGAUUGAGUAGGUGUGUCCAAACUUUUGACUGGUACUGUAUAUCAAGGAUUGAGAGUGAUCUGUUCACAGCUCAUCUUUUCAACUCACCAACAGCACAGGCAUUUGUAUGGUCCCUUCCCCCACAAGAUGACAGUCUCAUAAGUCUUUAAUGACUCAAAAUGACAAAAGCACAGACCAUCCAAAUAAGCACAUAAAUAGGUGUUUCGUAUUAUUUGUAAUAGACAAAGAAAUUGUGUACUUACUAGAUUGUGCUCUGAUAAUGUAUAAUAAUACUACUAGUAUCAUUCCUGGUCUUACAUUGUUACAUUUUGUCCGUGUUUACUGCUUAGAAGUGUAGUAUAACACUCACAAUAACACUGACAAACUGUCUCAUCAGCUGAAUUUAUAGAUGGUGAAAAGGAUUGGAAAAUCAAAAUGGUACGUAUACUCUCAUGCCAGUCAGUGUAUUAAUUCCAGUGUAUGAUGUCAUACAACUGAGUUGUGCUGUGUAUAUUGUAAGGUGAACAUACUGUAGAUGUGAUAGAUUGACUGAUGCUAUAGGAGCAAUAUUGAUUUUGUAUUGACUUCACUGUAUGGAUGUGUAUUCUCCUAAAUGUUGCCAGAUGAUGUCUCGUAAAGCUGAAUUCUUGCUAAUCAUCUCUGUUACAGUAAGUCCCGAUUCAAAGCUGUGAAAUCAUUUCUAGAUAUGUGUUUAAGGAUGUAAAUGGCAGCAAUUCUCUUUGAAUGAAUUGGCCCAUGCGUUUGACUUCAUAAUAAGACAGACACAGGUAUACAAAUAAACACACUGGGAAGGUGGGGAAGCAGACACAAACACAAAAGCACAGUCUCACAGACAGUGUGCAAUCAUAGUGAUGCCUUCUACUAAUCAUUUAAUGAAGUUAUAUUAUACUAUAGCAAUACAAGCCACUGCUUAGCUUUGCUUGGACUGACACAAACCUCAUCUUUAAAAGUAACAUGCUUUUCAGCUUUUCUAAGAUGCACACACACACACACACACACACACACACACACACAUACACACACACACACACACUCACACACUCUCGCUCUCUCUCUCUCUCUCUCUCACUCUCUCUCUCUCUUCUUGACACAUCUUAAUGCAAAAUACGCCUGUGAAGAGUUUGAGGGUAGAAUUAUGUGUCUGAUUGUAAAUAUUUCAAUGGUAUUACAUAUGAUGUAAACACUAUGUAUAUUUAUGUAGGACACAUACAUUAUAUAUAUGACAAUGUGGACCUCUGUCACAGAGGAAACGUUUUAUUGAAAAAUAAAGUUUUAUCCUGCUCAUUCAUUAAAAA